UGUUCAAGGCUGACAGGCGAUUAGAAUAUCAUUACCAUGUAUCCAGCUGAAAAGGGAACCCUGAGCACUGCUCGCCCAGUCAGUACAUGCAUUCAUUUCCUUGCCCACCCCCCUCGCUUGCCUCUUUGCAUUCUAAAGACCGACGGCCUCUUGCUCCAGCCUGUUCCUCGCAGAGAAAGUCAGACUAUUUCCCUCGACCCCAAAAACCAGCCAGGCUGCGUGCGCGCGCGCAUGAUUGGCAUACAAAUCUUGUAAAGCGAGUGGUCCCAAACCUUCCUGGAAUAUGCCCACGAUUUAAAGUCUUUUCCCAUGCCACAUUGAUUCCCAAAAUUCUCCGUUUUAGAUAUAUGUAUAAUAUCCCCCCCCCCCCCCCCU